GGAGAGAUAUAAAGCAUGGAGGUCCUCCCCAACCUCAAUUCCGCUCCCAACCGGAUUGGAGGAUUUUAGCCCUAAAAAUCGCAAGAUCCCACAUCGAACCCAAAUUCCGAACCUCCAAUCGAAUUCCUCCGAUUCCCCGGCGACGCAGAACCCGAUGCUCUGCCAACAAGCGGUGCCAAUCCACCGCGGGCGCAGGAGCGCCCGGCGGCGGUGGCCGCUGGCCGUCCGGCGGCCGCCGUCGCCGGCUGCCCGGCUGCUUCCGGAGUCGUCCUCAACCACAGCAGGUGCCCUUGACCUCCUUCGCUACGGGCGGAACUUCCGUCGAGCCUCGCCGCCGCCGCGCCCACCGUUGGUAAAUUCUGCUGAGCCUUCGUCUGCACAAGUGCUGCGAGAACCAGAUGUUUCCUUCUCUGUGGGGUUGCUCAGUAAUACAGCAUCGAAAGAACCGAUAACUGCACACACCUCUUCCUCUUCCUCUCCACUUACUGUGCAGCAUGACGACACUGAAACUUCGACGCCAUCACAGUGCUGCCUGUGGUCAUCUCCUGGGUCAUCCAUUUUGGUCAGGAGACCUCGUGGUUGGUAUUUUGUAUUCUACAUCAGGAUGGAUCCUGGGGGGUGUUUCCACAUGUAUCCCGAUGUGGGUUGUGGGCCAUAUCAGAGUCUGUCAGAAGUUGAUGAUGCUAUAAACCAACAUCUUCAUGACCUGCGGAUUCCAGAAAUGGGUGAGGAGCUUGAUAGGCUCCCUCUAAUGGAGAAGAUGAUACGGCAAGCGAUGUACUGGCCUGACGGCAAGCGGAAACGUUGCAAGUCAGCUGGGUAUUUUGAAAAAGACAAGUGCCAUUUGAUCCAAGCUUUAGUGGAGAAGUAUAAUGAGGAUCAUAAUCUUUUGGGGGAUUUUGCGUAUGAACUUAAGGAUUUUUUGCAACAUGGAGUAAUUUAUGAGGAUCAAAGGCAGUACCACCAUUUGAAUUUCACUGCGAAGGUGAAAAGAGCUGAUGGGUGUGGUGUGGAGAACCUAUUCUUUGCUGAAAUAUCACAUAUGCAAGGAGAAUAUGAAUGGGUGGUCAGCUGUUGCUGCAUAAUUAAACCUAGUGCUAACGGUCAUUGCUAUGGCUGUAGGAAUAAUGGUUAUGUUGGCAUGAAGCACCCUAACAAUGAUGCAUACAGUGGUGGUCAUUUGGAUGGAUAUUUACCUUUUGGGGUCAAUUCCUAUGCGCGCAAUAAUGAUGAGGAACUCAGUGUCAAGGAUGAGGAAGAUAUGCUAAGACGUAUGUACAAGGGCCUAGAUAAGCCAGGCGGAUUCAAGAGACCCAUCCCUAAAUUUGCAACACGAAUUGUGUGGAAAACUGAGGAGGAAGCUGGUGUGGAAGCUGGUUGAAGCUGGAACCUUGCAUUUUUCUACUAGAUGUGUUAGGCAAAUGUGCUAUCGUAUACAUUCAUGUAACACAAGUUAAACUUAUCACCAUCGAACUUGUCCACCAGUGCCCCAGCAGUAGAAGCGCAUCUUAUCACAAUUGGUGGUAAAUUUAGUGGAAUGGAUGAACAUCCACGCUAAUGGUUGCUGAAAGCUGAAAUGACAAUUUGCAUAACAUUUCAGUAUUUCUUCUCAAGUUCUCCAA